AUGCCCCAGUUACUGAGAAACAUCAGUGGGAUCAUUGAGGCCUUCGGGCGCUAUGCCAGGACGGAGGGCGACUGCACAGUGCUCUCCCGAGGGGAGCUCAAGAGACUCCUGGAGCAAGAGUUUGCAGAUGUCAUAGUGAGACCCCACGAUGCAGCCACUGUGGAUGAAGUCCUGCGCCUGCUGGAUGAGGACCACACGGGGACUGUGGAAUUCAAGGAAUUCCUGGUUUUGGUGUUUAAAGUUGCCCAGGCCUGUUUUAAGACCCUGAACCAGAGUCCUGGGGGUGCUUGCAGUUCUCAAGAAUCUGGAAACAAACACUCUGGGUCUUCAAAAGAGCUGGGGGAAUGUCAGAGAAGUGGCUCUCAAGUGGGAAGCGAGGGGCAGGGACAACAUCAAGAGGCAAGCAGCUGUGCACAGAGCCAGCAGGCUUCCAGAGGCCAGGGCGGGACUGGGACUCGGACCCAGGGUCAGGACACCAGCUCUGCACAGGUCAGCAGCCAUGACAGGCAGGCUGAGUCCCAGAGGCAGGAGAGGGGGAGUGAGCAGACACAAGGAGCAGGCUAUGUGGAGCAGACCCCAAAAGUAGAGGACAGGGGGUCAGAGAGACAACUGAAGACCAGCGAACAGACAGGUGAGGUUGUGACUGGACCUGCAGCUCAGACCCAGACAGGUGCCACCCAGGCUGGGCAGCAAGACAGCAGCCAUCAGACAGGAAGUACCAGCACCCAGACACAGGGGUCUUCCUCUGGCCAGACCAGGCAGACGGAGACACAGGGUCAGGACAGGAUCCAGACCAGCCAGGUUGUGACAGGAGGACAAAUCCCGACACAGACAGGGUCACACACCCAGACCACAGAGCAGGGCAGGUGCCAGGCUGAGAGUCACACAGGCAGUAGUCAAAAAUGGACACACUCUGAGGUAGGAGAGUCUGGGCCAGGUGGACAGACUCAGACUGGGGAAAGCACUGUGACAGGAAGACAGGAUGGGAGUGGCACUCACACGAGUGUGACCAGAGAGCCGGGGGAGAGCGAGCCCACAGAGGUUAGGGCAGAGUGGGUCGAUGACCACACAAGGGAGGUGGUGUUGGGAACCGAAGACCACGGCGGCUGGCACAGCAGCGCUCCAUCGUCACAGGCCCCGGACGCAGGCCAACCAGGAAGGCAGCGGGGCGUCACAGCCAAGGCGCUGUACUCCUACUUCAAAGGCAGCCAGCCAUGA